UUUUGGCUCCUCGUGCAUGCAUAUUUGCACAUAAAAAGGUCUGUGCAUGCGCAAAACUUUAAAAAUCAAAUAAAAUUACAUUUCUGCCAAGAAAGUUGUUCUGUGCAUGUGCAGAGCCAAAAAUCAAGAUAGGAGAACAGUUCGGGGGCGUGGAAGGAAGGGCAGCUCCAACCCUCCCCCAAUCCCCACCCUCGCUUAUUUUUUACCCGUGCACUCUGGAGUGGGCGGAAUCUUAAUUAGGGCUUAGUAUGGGCACACGUGUAAAAAUCAAGCUAGGACUUAACUUUUGUAUUUUCAGGGAAACGGGUGCUAGUUCUUACCCAGGCUGAUAGUCUUUUACCGAUGGACAGGAAUGGACCAUUAAAAUGAAGUCGAUUAAAGAAAAGUGUACUCAGGACGAUAACAGCCUUUUUCUCAUUCGGCAGUGACUCUGACAGGAGCCAGACAGUUGACGGGAUAUGGACGUUUCAGCCAUUUGUUCCCAACUUCUUUUUAUCAACACAUCAAGAUGCACAAGAGAAUCCUGGGCCAUUUAUCAUCUGUGUAUUGCAUAGCGUUUGAUCGUGCUGGGAGACGAAUUUUCACUGGUUCAGAUGAUUGCUUGGUGAAAAUUUGGGCUACGGAUAACGGGCGCUUGCUUUCAACCCUCCGAGGACAUUCAGCUGAAAUUUCUGACAUGGCUGUCAGCUAUGAGAAUACCCUCCUUGCUGCAGGCAGUUGUGACAAGGUGGUCAGAGUCUGGUGCCUUCGAACUUGUGCACCAGUGGCGGUGCUGUUGGGCCACUCGGCUUCCAUUACUUCCAUACAGUUUUCCUCUGCAAGAAAAGGAACAACUCGAUACCUCACUUCUACUGGUGCUGAUGGAACAAUUUGUUUCUGGCAAUGGCAUUUAAACACCAUGAAAUUCAAGGAUCGGCCAGUGAAAUUUACAGAGAGAUCCAGACCUGGUGUUCAAAUAUCUUGUUCCUCUUUUAGUUCAGGUGGCAUGUUUAUUGCAACAGGAAGCACAGACCACAUCAUCCGAAUAUAUUAUUUGGGUUCUGAAUCUCCUGAAAAAAUAGCAGAGCUGGAAUCUCACAUG